AUGCCCAUGUCCGCAGUUAUUGUCGGCGCCGGGCCCGUGGGCCUGAUGCUGUCGACCAUCCUGGCUAGAUGGGGAUACAAGAUCAAGCACAUUGAUAACCGGGCGGAGCCGACGCCGACCGGAAGAGCCGACGGCAUCCAGCCACGUUCUCUAGACCUUCUUCGCAACAUGGGACUCAAGUCGGCCAUCAUGGCGCACAAGCCCGCCAGGGUCUACGAAGUGGCUUUCUGGGACCCGCCCAAGUCCGGCAGUGGAAUCGCCAGGACCGGCACUUGGGCCAGCUGUCCCGACUUCAUCGACGCUAGGUAUCCCUUCACGACCCUCCUGCACCAGGGUCACAUUGAGCGAGUUUUCAUCAGCGACCUCAGUAAGCACGGCGUGCAUAUCCAGCGACCCUGGACCAUCACAGGAUUCACCUCGGAUGAGGCCAAGAACCCCGAGUACCCUGUGGAGGUCCGCCUGGAGCACGUCGACGGAACCUCCCAGGAGACGCUACGGGCCAAAUAUUUGUUUGGCGGCGAAGGCGCCCGCUCGUUCAUCAGGAGCCAGCUGCAGAUCGGCAUCAAGCACAAGGACCCCAUCUCUCACGUGUGGGGUGUCAUGGACGGUGUUGUCAAGACCGACUUCCCCGAUAUCAAGAUGAAAUGCACGAUCCACAGCAAGCACGGGUCUAUCAUGGUCAUCCCCCGCGAAGACAACAUGGUCCGCCUGUACAUCCAGAUCGCGUCCUCGACGGAGCCGGACUUUGACCCGCGAAAGACGGCCACCGAGCAGGAAGUGCAGGAAUCUGCCAAGCGCAUCCUCCAGCCGUACUCAAUCGAGUGGGAGAGGACCGAGUGGUACUCCGUCUACCCCAUCGGUCAAGGCAUCUCUGACCGGUACACCCUGGACCAGAGAGUCUUUCUUGGCGGCGACGCCUGUCACACCCACAGCCCCAAGGCCGGCCAAGGCAUGAAUACGGCGUUCUUGGAUGCACAGAACCUGGCCUGGAAGAUCCAUGCGGUGGAGUCUGGUUUCGCGCGACGCGACAUCCUCAAGACGUAUGAGGAGGAGCGAAGGGACGUGGCCGAGACGCUGCUCGACUUCGAUAACAAGUACGCCAAGCUGUUUUCGCAAAGACCCGACGCAGCCAGCGAGGCCCAGGCAGCGGCCACCGACAAGUCCGCCCCCGAGGAGCAGUCCGAAAACGAGUUCAUCCAGACCUUCAAGGAGGCCUGCGAGUUCACGAGCGGUUACGGCGUGGCGUACAAGCCGAACGCCCUGAACUGGUCUGAGACGCAUAGCGCCAAGUCGCCUCUAAUCCAUCCUGAGGGCACCAAGCUCCGCACCGGACGCCUCUUCAUGAACGCCGACGUGACGAGGGUCGUCGACGCCAACGUCGUUCAUCUCGAGCAGGAGAUUCCGCUCAACGGCUCGUUCCGCAUCUUCGUGUUCGCAGGAAAGCCCUCAACCACGCACAAUGCCCUCGAGGAUUUUGCCAAGCACCUCGACAAUAAGCGAUCGUUCUUCGCUGCGUACCUCCGGGACGACGUGAAGAGCGUGUCGCACCACGAGAAACACAACCCGCACAGCUUAUUCUUCACAAUCUGCACCAUCUUCGCGGCCAAGCGAAGCAGUAUCGAGAUUUCUCGCGACGUGCCCGCGCUACUGGCUCGAUACCGCGAGCACGUCUACGCCGACGACAGGUGGGACCGCCGUGUGCCCAACGCCGAGGCAGCAGCCCAUGCAAAACUGGGGCUCGACGAAGAGAAGGGCGGCGUUGUCGUCGUGCGCCCCGACGGCUACGUCGGUAUGGUGACCAAGUUGGAAGAGGGCAGUGGCACGGUUGACGCGCUCAACGAAUAUUUUGGCGCGUUCUGCACCAAGAAACUCGGAGCAACGCUGUCGCAACUGUAA